CAUACGACAAAUCCACGAGUUAAAGCAAAAAUGUCCGCCAAGAGAAAUUCUUGGUCCGAGACUGCUCCAUUGCUUGGUCAGCAGCAUCGUUUCCAAUCGCUUCCUACUCGCCUCCCUUCCUCCGUCGUCGGAAUGGCUUCUGUAACCGACCCCGUCAUUCCCUUUCGACCGGUCUUCCUCGGCGUCGACGUUGGCACCGGCAGCGCUCGCGCAGGAAUUUUUGAUGAGACUGGGAAGCUUUUGGGUUCUUCUAGCAGCCCAAUACAAAUUUGGAAAGAUGGAAAUUGUAUCGAGCAAUCCUCGACAGAUAUCUGGCAUGCAGUCUGUGCUGCAGUGAAAUCAGCAUGCUCCAAGGCGAACGUCGCGGGGGAGGAAGUGAAGGGUCUUGGAUUUGCUGCCACCUGCUCUCUUGUUGCAGUUGAUGCUGAUGGUUCACCAGUUACAGUAUCUUGGAGUGGUGAUUCAAGAAGAAAUGUAAUAGUGUGGAUGGAUCAUAGAGCUGUAGAGCAGGCUGAAAGGAUCAAUUCUUUCAAUUCACCAGUACUACAAUACUGUGGUGGAUCACUUUCCCCUGAGAUGCAGCCUCCGAAGCUUCUUUGGGUGAAAGAAAAUUUACCAGAUACAUGGUCGAUGGUGUUCAGGUGGAUGGACUUGAGUGAUUGGUUGUCAUAUAGGGCCACAGGUGAUGAUACACGCAGUCUUUGCACCACUGUGUGCAAAUGGACCUAUCUUGGCCAUGCACACAUGUCACAGUACAAUGAAAAGGAUUCCCGAAAUAUGGAGGCUUGUGGAUGGGAUGAUGAUUUCUGGGAGGAAAUUGGAUUAAGGGAUCUUAUUGAUGGUCACCAUGCAAAAAUAGGAAGAAGUGUAGCAUUCCCCGGCCACCCCUUGGGUUCUGGUCUGACUCCAGUAGCUGCAAAGGAACUGGGUUUGGUUGCUGGGAUCCCUGUUGGUAUUUCACUGAUUGAUGCUCAUGCAGGUGGAGUUGGGGUGUUGGAAAGUAUACCUGUGCAAGAUUCUGAACCUAAAGAGUUCGAUAAGGAGAUGAUAUUGCAUCGUAUGGCACUGGUUUGUGGAACAUCUACCUGCCAUAUGGCUGUCUCAAGGGAUAAGCUCUUUAUUCCCGGUGUAUGGGGACCGUUUUGGUCAGCAAUGGUACCUGAGUAUUGGCUCACUGAAGGUGGUCAGAGUGCUACCGGUGCUCUACUUGAUCACAUAAUUCAAAAUCAUGUUGCCUCUCCUAGUCUUGCAAAUCGUGCUGCUUCGAAAAAUGUCUCUGUGUUUGAUAUUUUGAACAAGUUGUUGGAGAAUUUGGUGGUUGAUCUGAAGAGGCCAUUUCUUGCUGCUUUGACUGAAGAUAUACAUAUACUUCCUGAUUUUCAUGGAAAUAGGUCUCCUAUUUCGGAUCCAAAAGCAAAAGGAGUGAUCUAUGGCUUAACACUCGACACAAGUGAGCAACAGCUUUCGAUUUUGUACCUUGCCACCGUACAGGCUAUUGCAUAUGGUACACGCCAUAUUGUGGAGCACUGCAAUUCCCAUGGUCAUAAGAUUAACACUUUACUUGCAUGUGGAGGCCUUGCAAAGAAUUUAUUGUUCAUUCAAGAGCACGCCGAUAUUAUUGGUUGUCCUAUUAUUUUACCUCGGGAAAGCGAGUCCGUACUCUUAGGUGCAGCGAUUCUUGGAGCCGUGGCUGCUAGGAAGUAUUCUACUCUACAAGAAGCCAUGAAAGCCCUGAAUGCUGCUGGUCAAGUGAUUUAUCCGUCUACAGACCCAAAGGUGAAGGUAUACCAUGAUGCUAAAUACCAUAUUUUCCGAGAGCUUUAUGAGCAACAGUUGUCUCAUCGCUCGAUAAUGGCACAAGCUCUAUCUUAGCUGGCUUGCUCGGUACCAAAUCACAAACAUUACCAUCUUGUUAUUUCAUUUGUUUCUUUUCUUUUCUUUUCUUUUCUUUUUUUGGUCAAGCUCUGGCUUGCUUUGCUUCAGCAACUUCUAGCUUUACCUUUCUAAGAUGGCUGGAUGGCAUAGAAGUGAAAUAAGGAAACAUUUCCACAGUUAUGAUAUUGAUACUGUUUAUAGAUUACAACUUUGUGUGCAGGACUAAACUGGUUACCUAAUAAGGAUAGUAAUCAAAAUUUAAACAUUUCACUA